AUGACAGACGCAGAACAGUUUUAUAAUAAUUUGUUGAAUCAGGUAUAUUCUUUUCAAAAUGAAGGUCUUGUGUGUAUCAGUGGUGAUUUUAACUCUAGGGUUUGGAGAAUGUCGGAGCUGAUUUCUUAUAGUAAUCUCACGGUUCCUGAGAAAAUACCUGACCAUUCCCUCCUUGUGUUCACAUUAAAUAUUGCAGGUGUCUCUCUUUCCGGAACGAAUUCACAUGACCACAUCUCCGGUGCUAAACCCAAGCCAAAGCUACAUGUGCCAGAAAACUUUCUCAGUGAAUGUACACCACAAAUUCUUGAGAAAAUAAGUGCAAUAGAAACAAAUCUAAGGUCUGAACAUGAUAUUAAUCUUGCAUAUAAAUCGUUUGCUGAAUUCAUCAUUAAUGAAAUGUCGGCACCACUAGCGGAAGGGAAGGGUUGUAAGAAACUUACUAACAGGAAAAAGCCAUACUGGAACGAAGCUUUAGAAAAACACUGGAAAAUGGUACAGGCGAAGGAAAGAGAAUGGAUUAAGUGUAAAAGUAAGUUACGCAAGUCCCAUCUACACGGUGCCUUUAUCAAAGAGAGAAAAGGGUUCGACAAAUCCCUUAGACAACAUAAACGCCAUUAUUUAAACAAUAAACAAAGUGAGUUACUAGAACAAUUUUCUGUCCAUGAUAAACGAGAUUUCUGGAAAUCGUUUGGUAAAAUCGGCAUUGCAAACGAUCGCAAACAUGUGAUUCCACUAGAAGUGACGAACUCUGAAGGUGAACUGGUAACAGACACUGCGACUGUUUUAGAACACUGGAGAGACGAUUAUUCCAAGUUGUAUAACUGUAAACCAGAACAUGGUAAAUAUGAUGACGAACAUUUAAAACGUAUUCAGCAAUAUGUGUUUUCACCUUCUGAAAUUUUGAGAAAUUGUGAUGACAUUAAUGACCCCAUUUGCAUUUCUGAG